GGAGACUUGAAGCACUUCCCCCAGCUGCUUGCUCCCUUCACCAGCAUCACCGGUGGCCUGGGUCUUUCUUCAAACCUCAUCAUCCUCUUGAGGCUCCCGGCUCUUUGACUGCUUCUGUCCUUGCUCAUCUCGAAAUCUCACCCCCGGUGUCUACCCUCUGACAUUAGCCCUUUGGCGACCGUCGAGUGGGAUAUUUUCCGCCGAGCGCGUCGCGCCCUUUGCGCCUUCUUGAAUCUUUGUCUUUUAUUCCGCUAGGUCCGUGACCGAUUUUCCGUCAAGAUGGCCGACUACGAGGAUGCAUACGAGGACGAGUACUACGAUGAUAUGGACGAGGGGAUCACGUCGGAGGAUUGCUGGACCGUUAUCUCGUCCUUUUUCGACACCAAGGGUCUGGUUUCACAACAGCUAGACUCUUUCGAUGAGUUCAUCUCGUCAACGAUGCAAGAGUUGGUGGAGGAACAAGGCCAAGUGACUCUAGAUCAGACGCUUCCCCCCGCCGAAGAUGAAAUCGACCCGGUUGUUGUCCGCCGAUACGAGCUCAAGUUCGGAACUGUCAUGCUCUCCCGCCCCUCCGUGACGGAAGGUGAUGGUGCGACGACCAUCAUGUUGCCGCAGGAGGCUCGUCUGCGUAACCUCACAUAUGCCAGUCCUCUAUACCUGGGUGUCACCAAGAAGAUUAUGGAGGGUCGGGAACGUCUGAUUGCCGACCGGGAUGAGGAUGAGAUGGGUGACCCGAGCGAGGAUCGCAAAGCUCAUGGCACCUAUCUUUCGUGGGAGCAGAAGGAACUACCCGCUGACCAAGCUAAGGAGGAGACGGUAUUCAUCGGAAAGGUGCCCAUCAUGCUCAAGUCCAAGUACUGUAUUCUUAAGGACUUGAGCGAACAGGCUCUCUACAACUGGAAUGAGUGCCCUUACGACUCGGGCGGUUACUUCAUCAUUAACGGAAGUGAGAAGGUUCUGAUCGCCCAGGAACGCAGUGCUGGCAACACGGUCCAGGUUUUCAAAAAGGCACCACCUAGUCCCACACCUUAUGUUGCGGAAAUUCGCAGUGCUGUCGAGAAGGGUUCGCGGCUUUUGUCACAAUUGUCCCUGAAGCUGUUUGCGAAAGGUGAUAGUGCCAAGGGUGGAUUUGGUCCAACGAUCCGGUCGACACUGCCCUACGUGAAGACCGACAUUCCAAUUGUGGUUGUUUUCAGAGCUCUCGGAGUGGUCUCUGAUGAAGAUAUUCUGAACCACAUUUGUUAUGACCGCAACGACACACCUAUGCUGGAGAUGCUGAAGCCAUGUAUUGAAGAAGGUUUCGUUAUUCAGGACCGCGAGGUCGCGCUUGACUUCAUCGCCAAGCGUGGGUCUUCCCAGUCCAGCAUGAACCACGAGCGCCGUGUUCGCUAUGCCCGUGAGAUCAUGCAGAAAGAGUUCCUCCCGCAUAUCUCUCAGAGCGAAGGUAGUGAGACGCGGAAAGCCUUCUUCUUGGGUUACAUGGUGCACCGACUUCUCCAGUGUGCUCUGGGUCGUCGGGAUGUCGACGAUCGUGAUCAUUUCGGUAAGAAGCGCCUGGACUUGGCCGGUCCUCUUCUUGCGAACCUUUUCCGAGUUUUGUUCACCCGCGUCACCCGCGAUCUACAGCGAUAUGUUCAGCGGUGCGUGGAGACGAACAGAGAGAUUUACCUGAACAUUGGUAUCAAGGCUAGCACCUUGUCGGCAGGAUUGAAGUAUGCUCUUGCUACGGGUAACUGGGGUGAGCAGAAGAAGGCAGCUAGCUCCAAGGCCGGUGUGUCUCAGGUGCUCAGUCGUUACACUUACGCCUCCACAUUGUCCCAUCUUCGUCGAACCAAUACACCCAUCGGGCGAGACGGAAAGAUCGCCAAGCCUCGUCAGCUUCACAACACUCAUUGGGGUCUGGUGUGUCCGGCUGAAACCCCCGAAGGUCAAGCUUGUGGCUUGGUCAAGAACUUGGCUCUCAUGUGCUACAUCACCGUCGGUACGCCCAGCGAGCCUAUCAUUGAUUUCAUGAUUCAGCGUAACAUGGAAGUCCUCGAGGAGUUCGAACCUCAAGUGACACCGAACGCUACCAAGGUGUUUGUCAAUGGUGUCUGGGUUGGUAUCCACAGAGACCCCGCUCACCUUGUCAACACGAUGCUUUCCCUUCGUCGCCGCAACAUGAUCUCGCACGAGGUCAGUCUGAUUCGAGACAUUCGUGAGCGGGAGUUCAAGAUCUUUACCGAUGCUGGACGCGUCUGCCGGCCGCUCUACGUUAUCGACAAUGACCCAAAGAGUGAAAACUGCGGCUCUUUGGUGCUUAACAAAGAACACAUCCGCAAACUGGAACAAGAUAAAGACUUGCCUCCAGAUUUGGAUCCAGAAGACCGCCGCGAUCGUUACUUCGGUUGGGAUGGCCUGGUGAAGUCUGGUGUAGUGGAGUACGUCGAUGCUGAAGAAGAAGAGACCAUCAUGAUUUCCAUGACUCCGGAAGAUCUCGAAAUUUCCAAGCAACUCCAGGCUGGUUAUGCUCUUCCGGAUGAGGAGCUACACGAUCCCAACAAGCGUGUACGCUCCAUUCUCAGUCAAAAAGCGCACACUUGGACUCACUGCGAGAUUCAUCCCAGUAUGAUCCUUGGUGUUUGUGCCAGUAUCAUUCCCUUCCCAGAUCACAACCAGUCUCCCCGUAACACCUAUCAGUCUGCUAUGGGUAAACAAGCCAUGGGUGUCUUCUUGACCAACUUCGACCAACGUAUGGAGACGAUGGCCAACAUCCUCUACUACCCUCAAAAGCCCCUGGCCACAACGCGGUCCAUGGAAUUCUUGCGAUUCCGCGAGCUCCCCGCCGGUCAGAACGCCAUCGUCGCUAUCGCUGUCUACUCUGGUUAUAACCAGGAAGAUUCCGUUGUGAUGAACCAGAGCAGUAUCGAUCGUGGUUUGUUCCGCAGUCUCUUCUACCGUACUUACACCGACAGCGAGAAAAUGGUGGGAUUGCAAGUCAUUGAACGCUUCGAGAAGCCGAUGAGAUCGGACACCCUCGGCAUGCGGAAGGGAACCUAUGAUAAGCUUGACGAGGAUGGCAUCAUCGCCCCGGGUGUUCGUGUCUCCGGUGAGGAUAUCAUCAUUGGUAAAACCGCACCUUUGGCUCCAGACGCGGAGGAGUUGGGCCAACGGACCAAGGCGCACACCAAAGCGGACGCUUCCACUCCCCUCAGAAGCACGGAGAAUGGUAUCGUGGACCAGGUGUUGGUAUCUACGAGUAACGACGACCUGAAAUUCGUCAAGGUGCGCAUGAGGACAACCAAGGUUCCCCAAAUCGGUGACAAGUUCGCCUCGCGUCACGGACAGAAGGGUACCAUUGGUAUCACUUACCGUCAAGAGGAUAUGCCAUUCACCCGUGAGGGUGUGGCUCCCGAUUUGAUCAUCAAUCCCCACGCCAUUCCUUCUCGUAUGACAAUUGCCCACUUGAUUGAGUGUCAGCUUAGUAAGGUUUCUGCGCUACGUGGAUUUGAGGGUGACGCCACACCGUUCACCGAUGUCACGGUCGACUCAAUUUCCCGUCUUCUUCGUGAACACGGCUACCAGUCUCGUGGAUUUGAGGUGAUGUACAACGGCCACACGGGGCGCAAGAUGGUAGCCCAGGUCUUCUUAGGGCCGACCUACUACCAGCGUCUGCGCCACAUGGUGGACGACAAGAUCCAUGCCCGUGCACGUGGGCCUACGCAGAUCUUGACGAGACAGCCUGUGGAGGGUCGUGCCCGUGAUGGUGGUCUUCGAUUCGGAGAGAUGGAGCGCGAUUGUAUGAUCGCGCACGGAGCCAGUGCCUUCCUGAAAGAGCGGUUGUUCGAUGUGUCGGACCCCUUCCGCGUGCAUAUCUGCGAUGACUGUGGCUUAAUGACCCCGGUUGCACGGAGAUUCUGCAGAAAACUCAAGAAAGGUCUAUUCGAGUGCCGACUCUGCAACAACAAGCACCGUAUUUCGCAGGUGCAUAUCCCAUAUGCAGCCAAGCUUCUGUUCCAAGAGCUGGCCUCGAUGAACAUUGCCGCUCGCAUGUUUACCAACCGGUCUGGAGUGUCCGUGCGGUGAGAGAGAGAACAAGGAAUACCAUCCAUGUACAUCAGUUGAAUUUCUUUUUCUUUCCAUUUUUUCCCCUCUCUUUCCUCACCCCCGCCUCUCUAUAUCAUGAUAACUUCCUUUCUCGCCUUCCGGUGUUUUCCUUUUCUUUUUUUUUUCCCUUUGAAUUUGCUUCCCAUCCUUCCCCACUAUCAAGAUCUGCGAUAUCAACCGAAGACUCGACUGAUUCGGCAUUUUCCGGCGUACAAAGGAUCUGAGGAUUGUGAUUUCUUUUCUUUUUCUUUUUUUUUUU